AUACACCACUCUCGAAAGGAUACAAACAAAAUAAUGAAAUCAAACCUUAACCACUCUUUCAAAAUGAAAUGUGAUUUUGAUUGUACGUCUCUUCACGCUGGGUUUGCACCACUGAAAUCUGCUGUAGAGAAAACAAGUCUGGAAGAAUCCUGCCCCUUGAAUUAUGAGGAAGGCUUUUGUAAAAGCUGUGCUGAAGAGCAUCAGAAAAUACUCCUUAGUGACUCAUACCAUGCGGCCACCAGAAAUCUAGAUCUUGAAGAUGAAGGAAGACCUGUACAUAACAAAGAAAACAAACAAGUAACCCAGAGACUUGAUGAAGGUAUCUAUGAAAUGGAGGCACUGGAAAACAGUAAAUUGAAUGAGGACAGUGGUUAUUCGUCUAUGUUAAGUAACCAAUACGCUGAUGCAAUAGAACACGAGGAUAGUAUACCUUUGGCUGGGAAUCUCUGUGGCACACCAAAGCAUUGCCUCAUGAAGAACCAAAACCAAGCACAGUUUUCAAAGAAGACUUUGUUGCCAGUAAUCCAUUAUGAAGAAAUGAUUUGCUCAACUUUGAAAAAAGGUGGUAAAAGAAAUCUCAAGUCUUGGGCUGCCGUAGACAGAAUUGUUUUUAGGGGAAAGGUUGAACUUUGUAACCUAAUUGGAAAGAAAAUGGGAUUAGAUAGAAUAGACAUUCUUGCCGAACUCUUCCAAAAGAACCUGAAGCAUAUAUUAGCAAACAUUUUAAGGCAUCUCGGUGAGAUGGAUUUAAUAAAUUUUGCCAAAGUCAGCACAACAUGGCAGAAGAUUCUACAAGAAGAUAAAUGGAUUUUCCAAACGUAUAGUAAAGCUGUGAAAAACCUUUCUAAUGGCAUUAAGGCAUCAGAGGAUGCUGCAACAAGGGAGUAUGUUCUCUACCGAGCAGCUUUAGCUUCCAUUCAGAAAGCAACCCCACCAAACAACAUGAUUAAAAAAGGCACCAGAUCCAAAGCAUCUAAGAAUCACAGCAGGCAUGUGGAGUUUUCUGAGGCUGCGAAGACCUUGAAAAACACUGAAAGCCUUAAAGUCUGCCAUCGCUGUGGCUCACCUGCAAAGUAUGACUCCUAUCUACAAAGAGCGACGUGCAAUCGUGAAAGUUGUGGCUUUGACUUUUGCACAAAGUGCAUGUGCAGCUAUCACAGCUCCAGUGACUGUAUGAGUUGCAAACCAGUGAAACCCAACUCUAAGCUAGGGCCGCUUCCUGGGACUAAGAAAAGCAAACAGAAUCUACGGCGAUUGUGA